GGUCGAUUUGUUGGAAAGGGUGCCGGUGGGUCGGUGCGGUUGAUUCGACGUAGUACAGAUGGAAAAACAUUUGCCGUAAAACAGUUCAGAAAACGAGGUCUGAAUGAGCCAGAAAAAGAAUAUGUCAAGAAGGUCACUGCCGAGUUUUGUAUUGGCUCUACAUUACAUCAUCCUAAUGUCAUCGAAACUCUGGAUAUCAUACAGGAAGGCCAAAACUUUUAUGAGAUUAUGGAGUUUGCCCCAAAUGACCUAUUCAACAUCGUCAUGAGCGGCAAAAUGUCCCGCGAAGAAAUUGCUUGUUGCUGGAAGCAGCUGUUGAAUGGUGUUCAAUAUAUGCAACAGAUGGGCUUGGCUCACCGUGACCUCAAGCUGGAUAAUAUGGUUUUGGACGAACGAGGCAUUGUCAAGAUUAUCGAUUUUGGCUGUGCUGUUGUCAACAAGUAUCCAUUUGAAACCAAGGUGCACAAGAGUAAAGGUAUCUGUGGCUCCGAUCCUUACAUUGCCCCUGAACAAUUUACUGAACCCGAGUAUGAUGCUCGUCUAUCUGAUUUAUGGUCCUGUGGUAUCAUUUUCAUCUGUAUGUCCAUUCGUAGAUUUCCUUGGAGACUACCUCGUCCUGAUAAAGAUCAAUCUUACAAAAAUUUUGUAACUCCUUCUACUGAAGGCGCCGAGAAAUUAUUCAAGAUGCUUCCACGUGAGUCAAGACCUAUUAUGAAACGUAUCCUGAAUCCAGAUCCUGAAAAAAGAUGCUCACUUGAAGAUGUAUUAAACGAUGAUUGGGUUAAAUCAAUUCCAACCUGC